AUUGGGGAUUUUAAAUUAUUCUGUCGCUUCCUUAUAUUUUGUGUUUUGUUAAAAAAAAAUUUGGGAGGAGGUUGUGGGAGUGGGAGAGAAAGGACAGUAAUCGCCAGCUGCAUUUUGGUGGGUGGGAUUGGGAAGCGUGAGGAUGAAGCGCUGAUCAAAGCGGUUUGUUCAAGGCCCUGUGUGGGGGUAUUUGCCUGUGUCUGUGGAAACAUGGGGAUGUGCUACAGCCUGCGACCGCGGCUGUUCAGCGACCCCAUCGCGUCAGUGUCCACCAGCAGCCCGGACUCGGAGCCUCCGGCGGCGGCGGCGGCCCCAGCCCCAGCCCAGCAGCGGGGGGACACGGCGGAGCGGCGGCGGAGCUCCGAGUGGCUACGCGAUGGUCACCAGCCCCAGCCUCAGCGCAGGGACACGGACAGGCUCCGCGACUGGCAGCCGCAACAGAACGGCGGAGAGCGGCAACACGGCUCUAAGAAAGCAGCCUCCGAGAAACAGAACAAGAACUGGGACAGGCUGCGGGCGGAGGAGAAGGAGGCGGAGAGGGAGGCGAAGAAAGUCAGUAAAUACAUCGACAAAAUCCUGAAGGAACAGAAACGCGAGUACAAGCAAACGCACCGCCUGCUUCUGCUGGGGGCCGGUGAAUCCGGGAAAAGUACAAUUGUCAAGCAAAUGCGGAUCUUGCACGUCAAUGGAUUCAAUGCCGAAGAGAAGAAGCUGAAAGUACAAGAUAUUAGGAAAAAUAUUAAAGAUGCUAUAGUGACAAUAGUCUCAGCAAUGAGCACUUUAAUACCCCCAGUCCAAUUAGCCAACCCAGAACAUCAGUUUCGGUUGGACUACAUCAAAAGUUUAGCUCAUCUUUCAGACUUUGAGUACACACAGGAAUUCUUCGAUCAUGCGAAAGCACUGUGGGAUGAUGAAGGUAUAAAGGCUUGUUUUGAAAGGUCAAAUGAGUACCAGCUCAUUGACUGCGCACAGUACUUUUUAGACAGAAUUGACCAAGUCCGACAAAAUGAUUACUCCCCAUCAGACCAGGAUUUGCUCCGAUGCAGAGUUUUGACAUCAGGGAUUUUUGAAACAAGAUUUCAAGUUGAUAAAGUAAAUUUUCACAUGUUUGAUGUGGGCGGACAGAGAGAUGAACGUAGAAAGUGGAUACAGUGUUUCAAUGACGUCACAGCCAUUAUUUUUGUGGUGGCCAGUAGUAGCUACAACAUGGUGAUAAGGGAAGACAACAACACCAAUCGACUCCGUGAAGCUCUUGAUCUUUUCAAAAGCAUUUGGAAUAACAGGUGGCUGCGAACCAUUUCUGUCAUCCUCUUCUUAAACAAACAAGACCUUCUGGCUGAGAAAGUGUUGGCAGGAAAAUCCAAAAUUGAAGACUAUUUUCCAGAAUAUACACGCUACACAACACCAGAUGACGCAACACCAGAACCUGGAGAAGAUGCAAGAGUUACAAGAGCAAAAUACUUUGUACGGGAUGAAUUUCUUAGGAUCAGCACAGCAAGUGGAGAUGGACGACACUACUGUUACCCUCACUUCACCUGUGCAGUGGAUACAGAAAACAUCCGCAGGGUAUUCAAUGACUGUCGAGACAUUAUUCAGAGAAUGCAUCUUCGCCAGUACGAACUAUUGUGAUGGAGAAACAACCCAAGUUCUUGAUUUUUGGACUCCCUGAUUCCUUUUUCUUAAUGUGCCCACACAGGGUGGGAGAAAUAUGAGUGAAGUGGAUCUACUUUGCUCUCAAAAUUCUCUCUUUCUUUACGCAUCCUUUCUUGUAUUCCCUUCUUCAUGCAUCCCAUUGUAUUUUUUUUAAAAAACUCUGCUCCUGCUCCCUCUCUGUGGUUCCACUGAGCCCUCUGGCUACCUCUGUGUCUGACAGAUGCCUGAGUAUACCUCAGCCUGUCUCCCUCCAGGCUUGUAGCUCUAUUGUCUAGUUGUCUCUGCCCUUGGGCAGCACAAGAUGGCACUACCCUCAGACCUCUCCCCGUCUGGGUUUCUUUUCGACACAACACUUGAGAGUACUUGAUGGGGUAAAAUACAUUAGGAUGAAAAUGCACUUUUUGCAUCGGGUCAUUUAAAAAAAAACUGUUGAGGAAGUUCACGUAAUGUAGCAGCACCACAAUAUUUAAUAGUUUCACGGUUUUCAGCAUUAAGAAACACAGGGUGGCUGAAAGAAAAGGACCUCCUCUUAAGCCAGCAAUGGCAAAGAUUUUUUUAAAAAACAAAACGAGGCAGGAUGUCCAAGUCCUACAAGUAGGAGCAAUGUUUUGAGGUCUUGGGGCUAUCGAGUCUCAUCACAUCUUAGACCUUGAACAGAAACUGCUUCAGUUUAUGAGGCUGGAAACAGCCCCAUGCGCGCGCACACACACACACACACACACACACACAAAUGUUUGUUCAAGCUGUCAAUUACAAUCCCUUAGCUUAGAUCAUGAAUGGACAAAUAGUCCGACAUUUGUUUCUUUUUUUUUGUUUGUUUUACUGCUGAUUAUUAUCUUGUACAGACUGUAAAAUGUAUUAUUUUGUACAACUUUAUUGAAGAAAAAUACUUGUAGACGAUCUUUGUGCCUUGAUUAUGGCUGUACCUGUAAAAUGAGCUAAGAUGUAAGUAUGUUUGAUUGCGCUGUACAGCUUCAUGUCCAAAACCUAUCUACAGCAGUGGCUGAAGAUAGGGAGUUUAUCUGUAGAGAUUAGUUUUUUUCUGGUUUAUAAAGAAGGAAAAUGCUCUUUAGUAAAAAAAACUGUAUAAAUUAUGCAAAUUAACCACUUACCUUUACAAGGAGAGGUCAGAGGUGACGAGAUGUUGCAACAUCACACCUUGCUUUGGAUUCUCAGCUUUAACACAUUGGAAUCCAUUCAAGUGUCCAAAAUGCAACGUGGAAUUAUUUCUAUGGGAACCAAGGUUUUUUUGCUAGAAAUAUACAUGUUUGGUAAUUCUUCGGUCAUUCAUAGACCUUCACAAAUGCAUAGGCAUUGUGAAUGUGUGAGCACCAUUAGAUAGGGUCUUAAAUCCUUGUACCAACAGCAGCUUUUAUUGUGCAAGUAAAUAGUACGAAAACAGAAAAAAAACAACUAAGGUGUAAACCUUUGUGUCUGGCCUAAAAGAAUUACAUAAUGACAUUUUUAUUUCUCUUUUAAUAAAGAGAUAUGUUAGAAAAGUUUAUUUUAAA